GAAAUCCUGGGAUACAGAGCAGUUUUCCUGGGAGGUUUAUGUCUCUAGCUGGCAAAGAGGGAUUGAGCUCCAUUUAAUUCAGCAGAGCCAGCAUUUCACAGAGCCAUGCUCAAAAGGCUGUCGAAGUAGCACAGCAAUGUUUAGAGACUGCUGGGAGUGAGCAGCCUCUGGCUGCCUCGGGGCGUGUGGCCUUACUGUCUGGUGCCCAUGGAGACAGGAGGCCCUGGCUUGAACAGCAUGAAGCCCCAGUCACUGCAGUUGGUGCUGGAGGGGCAAGUGCUGGCACUUCAACAGCAGAUGGCAGAGAACCAGGCAGCCUCCUGGCGAAAGCUGAAGAGCUCCCAGGAGGCCCAGCAGAGGCAAGCAACCCUCGUGAGGAAGCUGCAGGCCAAGGUGUUGCAGUACAGGAACUGGUGCCAAGAGCUGGAGAAGCGGCUGGAAGCCACUGGGGGACCAAUCCCUCAGAGGUGGGAAAGUGUGGAGGAACCAAACCUGGAACAGCUGCUAAUCCGAUUGGAGGAUGAGCAACAGAGGUGUGAAAGUCUAGCAGAGGUGAACACUCAGCUUCGGCUGCACGUGGAGAAAGCUGAUGUGGUGAAUAAAGCCCUUCGGGAAGAUGUGGAAAAAUUGACAGUAGACUGGAGCCGAGCCCGGGAUGAACUAAUGAGGAAGGAGAGCCAGUGGCGGAUGGAGCAGGAGUUCUUCAAGGGCUACCUGAAAGGGGAGCAUAGUCGCCUUCUCGGCCUAUGGAGGGCAGUGGUGACAUUUCGACGCCACUUCCUGGAAAUGAAGUCAGCCACUGACAGAGACCUGACGGAGCUAAAGGCUGAGCACAUGAGGCUUUCAGGGUCCCUGCUGACCUGUUGUCUGCGCCUAACUGUGGGAACACAGUCUUGGGAGUCCGAUGGACCUGGGAAACUGGAAGAGAGUGAGCCGGCCCAGCUGCUGGAGCUCCUAGCCAAGACUCAGGAGCUGGAGAAGGAAGCCCAUGAGAAGAACCAAGAGUUAAUACACCUGAAGAGUCAAAGGGAUCUGGAGAAGGCCGAGCUUCAGGACCGGGUAACCGAGCUCUCUGCUCUGCUGACCCAGUCUCAGAAGCAAAAUGAAGAGUAUGAAAAGAUGGUAAAGGCUCUAAGAGAGACAAUGGAGAUCCUGGAGACAAAUCAUACAGAAUUAAUGGAACAUGAGGCAUCUCUUAGUAGGAAUGCCCAAGAGGAGAAGCUGUCUUUACAGCAGGUGAUCAAGGAUAUAACCCAGGCCAUGGUGGAAGAAAGGGACAAUAUGGCCCAAGGCUGUGGUCAUGAGAGCUCCUUGGAGUUGGACUCCAGUGGCUUCUUCUCCCAGCUUGACCCUCAGGACCCAGACAAGGCUCUUACUCUAGUGCGUUCAGUGCUGACCCGGAGACGCCAGGCCGUGCAGGACCUGAGGCAGCAGCUUUCUGGCUGUCAGGAAGCUAUGAGCUUCUUGCAGCAGCAGCAUGAGCAGUGGGAGGAAGAGGGCGAGGCCUUGCGACAGCGGCUACAGAUGCUCACUGGGGAGCGGGACACCCUGGCAGGGCAAACUGUGGACCUCCAGGGAGAGGUGGACUCUCUCAGCAAGGAGCGAGAGCUCCUGGAGAAGGCCAGGGAAGGGCUGCAGCAGCAACUGGAAGUGCUGGAGCAGGAGGCUUGGCGACUGCGAAGGGCAAACAUGGAGCUUCAGCUGCAGGGGGACUCUGCUCAGGGGGAGAAAGAGGAGCAGCAGGAGGAGCUGCACCUGGCCGUCCGUGAAAAGGAGCGCCUUCAGGAGAUGCUGGCGGGCCUGGAAGUCAAACAGUCGGAAUCCCUCAGUGAACUGAUCACUCUUCGGGAAGCCCUGGAGUCGAGUCGUCUGGAAGGGGAGUUACUGAGGCAAGAGCAAGCAGAAGUGACUGCAGUGCUGGCUAGGGCAGAACAGUCCAUUGCAGAGCUGUCGAGUUCUGAGAACAGCCUGAAGGCAGAGGUAGCUGAUCUUCAGGCUACAGCUGUCAAGCUCAGUGCCUUAAAUGAGGCUUUGGCCUUAGAUAAAGUUGGACUGAACCAGCAGCUUCUCCAGUUAGAACAAGAGAACCAGUCUGCGUGCAGCAGAAUGGAGGCUGCAGAGCAGGCAAGAAAUGCUUUGCAGAUGGACCUGGCAGAGGCGGAGAAAAAAAGGGAAGUCCUGUGGGAACAGAAGAUUCACCUGGAGGCACAGCUGCAGAAAGCAGAGGAGACUGGGGCUGAGCUGCAGGGAGAUCUCAGGGGCAUCCAAGAAGAGAAGGAAGAAAUUCAAGGGAAACUGAGUGAGGCAUGCCACCAGCGGGAGGCAGCCACAGCUCAGCUGGAGCAGCUGCAGCAGGAGGCAAGGCGACAAGAAGAAGUGCUGGCCAGGGCAGUCCAGGAGAAGGAGGCCCUAGUAAGAGAGAAGGCGGCUCUAGAGGUGCGGCUGCAAGCUGUGGAGCGGGACCGGCAGGGCCUCUCUGAGCAACUACUUGCGCUCAGCUCAGCCAAGGAGUUACUGGAGAGCAGUCUUUUUGAGGCUCAACAACAAAAUUCUCUGAUAGAGGUCACCAAAGGGCAGCUGGAGGUCCAGAUUCAAACUGUCACUCAAGCCAAGGACGUGAUCCAAGGGGAAGUGAGGUGCCUGAAGCUGGAACUGGACACUGAACGGAGUCGGGCAGAGCAAGAGCGGGAUGCAGCAGCCAGACAGCUGGCCCGGGCUGAGCAAGAGGGACAGAUUGCCCUGCAGCAGCAGAAGGCAGCCCAUGAGGAGGAGGGACACCGGCUCCAGGAGAAGUGGGAGAAAGAGCGCUCCUGGUACCAGCAGGAGCUGGGUAAGGCUGUGGAAGGCCUAAAGAGGGAAAAAAUGGAGCUGGAAGUGAGGCUGAGGGAGCAGCAGGCAGAAACCGAAGCCAUCCGGGUGCAGAAGGAGGAAGAACGGGCCCAGGCUGAGAGUGCUCUGUGCCAGAUGCAGCUUGAAACAGAGAAGGAGAGAGUGUCUCUCCUGGAGACACUACUGCAGACCCAGAAGGAGCUAGCAGAUGCAAGCCAACAACUGGAACAACUGAGGCAGGACAUGAAGGUUCAGAAGCUAAAGGAGCAGGAGACCAGUGGGAUGCUACAGACCCAGCUCCAGGAGGCCCAACGGGAACUGGAGGAGGCAGCUCAGCGACGCAGAGAUGACCUUGCUGCCUUCCAAGCAGAGGGCAGCACCCUGCUGCAGGAUAAGACGGACCUGCAGAAGCAGGUAGAGGGCUUGAAGUCUCAGCUUGUUGCCAAGGAUGAGUCCUGGAGACUGAUGGAGCAGGAGGUUCAGGAGAAGCUAAGAGAGGCCCAAGAAUACAACAGAAUUCAGAAGGAGCUAGAAAGAGAGAAAGCCAGCCUGACCCAAUCACUGGUGGAAAAGGAACAGAGACUCCUUGUCUUGCAAGAAGCUGACUCUGCUCAACGACAAGAGCUAAGCUCCUUGCGCCAGGACAUGCAGGAGGCCCAGGGAGGGCAGAAAGAGCUCAGUGCCCAGGUGGAAUUACUGAGGCAAGAAGUGAAGGAAAAGGAGGCCGACUUUCUGGCCCAGGAAGCACAACUGCUGGAGGAGCUGGAGGCAUCCCGGGUCACCGAGCAGCAGCUGCGAGCUUCCCUGUGGGCCCAGGAAGCCAAGGGAGCCCAACUCCAGCUGCGACUGCGAAGCAUGGAGAGCCAGCUGGAGGCGCUGGCUGCAGAGCAGCAGCCCGGGCACCACGCCCAGGCGCAGCUGGCCAGCCUCUACUCAGUCCUGCAGCAGACCCUGGGGUCUGUUUGUGAGAGCAGGCCUGAGCUGAGUGGUGGGGGAGACUCUGCUCCCUCUCUCUGGGGCCCUGAGCCAGACCAGAAUGAAGUUAGGAGCGUCUUUAAAAGAGAGCCCCUCUUGACUGCUCUCUCACCAGAGGCAGUGGCAUCUGCCCUCCACAAGCUUCUCCAAGACCUGUGGAAGACUCGACAGGCCCGGGAUGGUCUGAGGGAUCAGGCUCAGAAACUGGAACAGCGUCUAACUGUUACUGAGGCUGAGAAGAACCAAAUCCACGCAGAUUUGCAGGAGCUACAGAGCCAGCUUUCCCAGAACCAGGAAGAGAAAUCCAAGUGGGAAGGAAAACAGAACGCCCUCGAAUCUGAGCUGAUGGAACUGCAUGAAACUGUGGCAUCCUUACAAAGUCGCCUACAACGAGCACAACUACAGGGAAUAGAAGCUCAGAAUGAGCGAGAGCUCCUUCAGGCAGCCAAGGAGAACCUGACGGCCCAGGUGGAACACCUGCAGGCAUCUAUCACAGAAGCCAGGGCUCAGGCAAGUGCUGCUGGGGUCCUGGAAGAAGACCUGAGAACUGCCCGCUCAGCACUGAAACUGAAAAAUGAAGAGGUAGAGAGUGAGCGGGAGAGAGCCCAGGCUCUGCAAGAGCAGGGUGAGCUGAAGGUGGCCCAAGGGAAGGCUUUGCAAGAGAAUCUGGCUGUCCUGGCCCAGGCCCUAUCUGAAAGAGAAGAGGAGGUGAAGGCUUUACGGGGGAAAAUCCAGGAGUUGGAGACGCAACGGGAAAUGCAGAAGGCUGCUCUGGAAGUGCUGUCUCUGGAUCUAAAGACGAGGAACCAAGAGGUGGAUCUGCAGCAAGAACAGAUUCAGGAGCUAGAGAGAUGCAGGUCCGUUUUAGAGCAUCUGCCCAUGGCCGUCCAAGAGCGAGAGCAGAAGCUGUCUGUGCAGAGGGAGCAGAUCAAAGAGCUCGAGAAAGACCGGGAGACUCAGCGCAACAUCUUGGAGCAUCAGCUUCUAGAACUUGAGAAGAAGGCCCAAGUGAUUGAGUCCCAGAGAGGCCAGAUACAGGAUCUGAAAAAACAGUUGGUUACUCUGGAGUGCCUGGCCCUGGAACUGGAAGAAAACCAUCACAAAAUGGAAUGCCAGCAAAAGGCAAUUGAGGAGCUAGAGGGCCAGGGGGAAAUGCAGAGGGUGACUCUGACUCACAUGACCUUGGACCUGGAGGAACGGGGUCAAGAGCUGCAGGCCCAAAGCAGCCAGAUCCGUGAACUGGAGAGCCACAGCACCCUUCUGGCAGGGGAGCUCCAGGAGAGGGACCAGGAGGUGAAGUGCCAGCAGGAACAGAUCGAGGUGCUGCAAAGCCAGAAGGAGCGUCUGACCCAGGAUCUCGAGAAGAAGGACCAGGAGCUGAGGCUCCAGAAGGAAAGGAUUCAGGUCCUGGAAGAUCAGAGGACGCUGCAGACCAAGAUCCUGGAGGAGGACCUGGAACAGAUCAAGCUGUCCUUGAGGGAGCGAGACCGGGAGCUGGCCUCUCCGAAGCCGCACAUGCAGGAGCGGGCAGAGGAGGGGAAGGGCCAGAGAAAGGCGCAGCGCGGGAGCCUAGAACACAUGAAGCUGAUUCUGCGCGAUAAGGAGAAGGAGGUGGAGUGUCAGCAGGAGCAUAUCCAGGAACUUCAGGAGCACGAGGACCAGCUGGGGCAGCAGCUCCGGGCCUUACACAGGAAGAUGAGUGAGGCCAGCCUGCUCCUGACACAGCGAGAGCAAGAGAUGGUGGUCCUGCAGCGGCACCUGCAGGAAGCCAGGGACCAAGGGGAGCUGAAGGAGCGCUCACUUCAGGGUCAACUGGAAGAGGCCCAGAGUGCCUUGGUCCAGAGGAAGCAGGAGCUGGAGGCCCUGCAGCAGCAACAGCGGCAGGCUCAGGGGCGGGAGGAGAGUAUGAAGGAACAGGUGAGCACACUCCAGGGAGCUUUGGAGCAGGCCCAUGUGACACUGAAGGAGCACCAGGAAGAGCUUGAAGACCACAAGGAGCAGGUGCGAAGGCUCCAGGAAGAUCUGGCGGUGGAGGGAAAGAGGGUCCAGGCUCUGGAGGAGGUGUUGAGUGACCUGAGGGCUGAGUCUCAGGAGCAGGAGAAAGCCCUGCUGGCCCUCCAGCAACAGUGUGCCGAGCGGGCACAGGAGCAUGAGGUGGAGGCCAGGGCCCUGCAGGACAGUUGGCUGCAGGCAGAGGCAAUGCUCAAGGAACGGGACCAGGAGCUGGAGGCCCUGCGGGCAGAUAGCCAGUCCUGCCAGCAUCGGGAGGAGGCUGCUCGGGACCAGGUAGAGGCUCUCCAGGAGGCCCUACACAAGGCGCGGGCAGCCCUGCAAGAGAAAGAGCAGCGUCUCCUUGGGCAGGCAGAGUUGAAUUGCAGCCUGGAGGCCAGCACUACCACUCUGCAGGCUGCCCUGGACUCCUGCCGGGCACAAACCCAGCAGCUGGAGGAGGCCCUCAGCAUGCAGGAAGGUGCGAUCCAGGACCAGAAUUUCCAGCACCAGGAGGCCUUGCAGCAGCUCCAACAGGCACUUGCCCAGAAAGAUGAAGAGCUGAGACAUCAGAAGGAACAGGGGCAGCUGCUGGAAAAGUUUCUGGCCCAGAGGGACCAAGAAGAUGUGAUCCAAGGGAGGCAGGGGAAAGAAGAGGAAGAGAUGAGAGACCUUCGUGAGAAUCUAAGGGAGCUCCAGCUGACUCUAGCCCAAAAGGAAGAGGAGAUCUUGAUGCUGAGAGAAACUCAGCAAAAGAGGAACCUGGAGGACUCACCUCAAAGCCACCAAGCCUCCCCAGGGGAGGCACCCUCUCCAACAUACGAUUCUUUAGGCCCCAGGAUGCAGCAGGAGCUGGAGCGACUACAGGGAGCCCUGAGGCAGACAGAGGCCAGGGAGAUUGAGUGGAGAGAGAAGGCCCAGGACUUAGCAUUGUCCCUGGCCCAGAGCAGGGCCAGCAUCAGCAGUCUGCAAGAGGUGGCCACGUUCCUCCAAGCCUCUAUCCUGGAGCGGGACUCAGAGCAGCAGAAGCUUCAGGAUGAGUUGGACCUCACCAGACAAGCUCUGGAGAAGCAGCAGCUAUUCAGCCCAGGCUCAGCCAGAAGAGCCGAACAGGGGCUCAGAAGGGAGCAGACUGUACAGCCAGGAGUGGUCUCAGGAGUGGAGGCUGAGCCUAGUUCUGGGAUGGAGGAGAAGCAGAGACUGAGGCUUGAGCACCUGCAGCAAGCGGUGGCAUGGUUGGAGGUUGACCGGAGCAGGCUGCAGCGCCACAAUGUCCAGCUGCGGACCACCUUGGAGCAGGUGGAGCGAGAGCGGAGGAAACUGAAGAGGGACUCCAUGCGUGCUUCCCGGGCUGGGGUCCUGGAGAUCAGCGAAGCCACAGCACCACCGCCUACACAGCAGGAUGGAAUAGGACAGAAGGGCUCCUCCGAUGCCAAGCAUAUGGCUGAACUGCAGAAAGAGGUGGCCCUGCUGCGAGCCCAGCUGGCCUUAGAGCGGAAGCAGAAACAGGACUACAUCGCUCGCUCAGUGCAGACCAGCCGAGAGCUAGCAGGCCUGCACCACAACCUCUCCCACUCACUCCUCGCUGUGGCCCAGGCCCCUGAGGCCACUGUCCUGGAGGCUGAGACCCGCAAGCUGGAUGAGUCCCUGACCCAAAGCCUGACAUCCCCAGGGCCAAUCCUACUACACCCCAGCCCCAGCCCCAGCCCCAGCCCUAGUGCUGCCCAAGCCACCUCCAGAUAG